AUGGCCGCACUGCCCAAGAGAAUCAUAAAGGAAACAGAGCGCCUAAUGGCAGAUCCCGCCCCAGGAAUUAGCGCAACUGCCCACGAAGACAACCUUCGCUAUUUCGAUGUCAUCAUUUUUGGACCCGUGGAAUCGCCGUUCGAAGGUGGUGUAUUCAAGUUGGAGCUCUUCCUGCCAGAGGACUAUCCAAUGGCGCCUCCAAAGGUCCGCUUCAUGACAAAGAUUUAUCAUCCCAACAUUGACAAACUCGGUCGCAUCUGCCUCGAUAUCCUCAAAGAUAAAUGGUCGCCAGCACUGCAGAUCAGGACAGUUCUUCUUUCCAUCCAAGCGCUGCUAUCGUGUCCAAACCCAGAUGAUCCUCUUGCCAACGAUGUAGCCCAGCACUGGAAAGAGAAUGAGAACGGGGCCAUUCAAACUGCACAUGAGUGGACCCAAAAAUACGCCGCCAACUAG